CGGCGGGCGACGGCGGCGGAGCCCGGGGACGGGGCCGGACAUGGCGGCGCGGCCCGGCCCGCGGGAAGAUGAAUAAGGGCUGGCUGGAGCUGGAGAGCGACCCCGGUCUCUUCACACUCCUGGUUGAAGAUUUUGGGGUCAAGGGAGUGCAGGUUGAAGAGAUUUAUGAUCUGCAGAGUAAAUGCCAAGGCCCCGUGUAUGGGUUCAUCUUCCUGUUCAAGUGGAUUGAGGAGCGCAGGUCACGCCGCAAGGUCUCCACCCUCGUGGAUGAGACGUCGGUGAUCGACGAUGACAUCGUUAAUAACAUGUUCUUUGCUCACCAGCUGAUCCCCAACUCCUGUGCCACCCACGCCCUGCUGAGCGUCCUGCUGAACUGCAACAAUGUUGACCUGGGCCCCACACUGAGCCGCAUGAAGGAUUUCACCAAGGGCUUUAGCCCUGAGAGCAAGGGCUAUGCCAUCGGCAACGCCCCAGAGCUGGCCAAGGCCCAUAACAGCCAUGCCAGGCCGGAGCCGCGGCACCUGCCCGAGAAGCAGAACGGGAUCAGCGCGGUGCGCACCAUGGAGGCCUUCCACUUCGUCAGCUACGUCCCCAUCAAGGGGCGGCUCUUCGAGCUCGACGGGCUCAAGGUCUAUCCCAUCGACCAUGGGCCGUGGGCUGACGACGAGGAAUGGACGGACAAGGCCAGGAGAGUGAUCAUGGAGCGCAUCGGCCUGGCCACGGCAGGGGAGCCCUACCACGACAUCCGCUUCAACCUGAUGGCGGUGGUGCCUGACCGCAGGAUGAAGUACGAGGCCAAGCUACACAUCCUGAAGAUGAACCGCCAGACCGUGCUGGAGGCCCUGCAGCAGCUUAUCCGAGUAACGCAGCCUGAGCUGAUUCAGACCCAGAAGCCUCAGGAGUCUCAGCCUGCCGAGGAGGCAAAGCCAGCCAGCAGCAAGAGUGUGACUCCUGAGAGCACCCAUCCAGAUGGCAGUGAUGAGCCCCCCGGCCAGGGCCACCCCACGCCCACCCAGAGCCCCCCUAACAGAGCCAAGCCACCGGCCAAGGCGGCGGUGAGCGGCAUCAACGGGGCACCCCCUGCAGCCCCCAACCCCAUCGUGCAGAGGCUGCCAGCCUUCCUGGAUAACCACAACUACGCCAAGUCCCCCAUGCAGGAGGAGGAGGACCUGGCAGCUGGGGUGGGCCGCAGCCGCGUCCCCGUGCGACAGCACCAGCAGUACUCGGACGAUGAGGAUGACUACGAUGACGAUGAGGAGGAGGAUGUUCGUAACACCAACCCGGCCAUCAGGUACAAAAGGAAAGGGCAGGUAAAGCAAGAGCACGUGGCGGGGGCUGCGGACGGCCAGCUCUCCGUCCUCCAGCCCAACACCAUCAACGUCCUGGCUGAGAAGCUGAAGGAGUCUCAGAAGGAUCUUUCCAUUCCCCUGUCCAUCAAGACGAGCGGCGGCGGCGCUGCGGUGGCCGUGGUCACCCACUCCCAGCCCUCCCCCACCCCCAGCAACGAGAGCACGGACACGGCCUCCGAGAUCGGCAGCGCCUUCAACUCGCCGCUGCGCUCGCCCAUCCGCUCGGCCAGCGCCACGCGCCCCUCCAGCCCCGUCACCUCCCACAUCUCCAAGGUGCUGUUUGGGGAGGAGGACGGGCUGCUGCGCCUCGACUGCCUGCGCUACAACCGCGCCGUGCGCGACCUGGGCCCCGCCGUCAGCACCGGCCUGCUGCACCUCACCGACGACGGCGUCUUCUGCGCCGUGGCUGCUGCAGACGGGGGAAAGGGCUCCCCCCCUUCCAUCAAACCUGGUGAAGAGGCGCCGGUCGCAAUCAAACUGGACGAGAAGGAGGGCAGUGAGGCCAGUGACAGCAAAGAGAAGGUGGGACUUGGCAGGACCAGCGAUCACCCUGGGGGGGAAAAGUAUUCUCCCAAGGAGCUGCUGGCACUACUCAAGUGUGUGGAGGCAGAGAUUGCCAACUAUGAGGCCUGCCUGAAGGAAGAAGUGGAGAAGAGGAAAAAAUUCAAGAUCGAUGACCAGAGGAGAACCCACAACUACGACGAGUUCAUCUGCACCUUCAUCUCCAUGCUGGCGCAGGAAGGCAUGCUGGCCAGCCUGGUGGAGCAGAACAUCUCGGUGCGGCGGCGGCAGGGCGUCAGCAUCGGCCGCCUGCACAAGCAGAGGAAGCCGGACCGCCGGAAACGCUCCCGCCCCUACAAAGCCAAGCGGCAGUAGCCGCGGGACCACGCUGCGGGAGCGGCGGCGCCACCCGGCCCUGGGGGCUCUGGGCACCUGCACCCGUGUCACCCUUUGCCCAAGGAAAAGGGCCCGCGGCGAGCGGCCCCCAGCCGAGCUGCAGCCUGGGACAAAGAGAGAGCAGGUGUUCUCUGAGCCCCAGCGCGACAGGCGGGAGCACGGGGCCCUGAGGUUGCAGCUGCGGCAGCAGGCAACCCUGAGUGCCCGCUGAUGUGCCCCAGCUGCCCCCAGCCUGUGCCUCGAGGCGGGCAGGGGGGGCAGAGCCAGCCGAGGGGUGGGUCUGGCGCGGUGGGAACGCUGGUGCUGCCAGGCUGUGCCGGCCACAGCUGCCUGGGGCUCGUGGCCUCCUGCGGCCAGGCCUCAGCUCUGGGCUUCCCCGGGACAUUCCUGGCUGUGUUUUCUGACCCUCUCCCUCCCUUCCCCGGACUUAUAUUUGGUUCUGACCCAGGCCUUGGCUGUGGCUGAUGAGGCGGCUCCUGGCCAGAGCCCCUUCCCAGGGCUGGCUGCCGUGGGGCCAGGCAGGCCCGGCCAUGCCUGCUCUGGGGUGGCACCUCUGCCAGCCUGGUCAAGCUCCCCGGGGCCAUGGCAGCCCCAGGGCCGGGGCAGGCCGGGAGGGCUCAGCCUGGUGCCUUAGGAAGCCUUUCCUGCAGGGGGCUCUGCCACCACGGCCCCUCUCCUGGGGAGCAGCACUGCAGCCCUGGCAGUGCCCUGCCCAACCCCUGCUUUAGGAACAGACCCUGCUCAGAGGGCAUCCUGGGGGGCUGCUGCUGGGCACAGCCCCUGGGGUGGGUGCUGGAUGCAGAGUCACAGGGUGCCCUUGGCAAGGCCUUUCAGCAUGGGGAGAGGCGACUGGUGCGAUGGGGAUGGCUCCCGGAGCUGGCAGGUGCUGGCAGCAGCCCGUGUGCCAGGCAGAGCUCGGCACCUCCCUGGGGCCUGAGGCACAGCAGCCACGGGACAGGACUGAGUUUUGCAAAUGUGCAAAUUUGUACAGACCUGGGCUAGGGAAUGAAAACUGUUCUUUUGGUAUUUGUCAAAGGGAAGAAAAUCCUUCUGUCUCCUGCUGUGUCUGAUAUCCAAGUUGUGUAAAUAACGGAUCUGUCUGAAGGAAUAAAGCUAUCCUGUAACAGCCAGCCAAGGGAGAGGGCUGAGGGGGGUGUGGGGCUGGCUCUGUGCUCAAGGCCACCUUCUCCCCACUGGCAGUGCUUCUCUGGGGCUAAAAGCUUGAGGCAACAAA